AUGAAACUCCCUGAAAUUGUUUGCAUCCAGGAGUGCUAUGGAGCAACUUUCACCAUGUAGAAGGAAUUUUUACAUGUAUCUGGUAGUGCUGGGCAGUAUUUCAUUGACACAAAACCAAAAAUGAGUGGAGUAGCAACACCCACCCACCGAACCUCUGACUGCAAUAAGAGCAAACGUGCUGGAACACUCAAUAAAAUCGAUAUGAAAGCCGUGGUGACAGGAGGUGGUGGCUAUUGUGGAUACAAGCUGGGAUGUGCUCUUGCCAACAUAGGAGCUUCUGUUGUUCUGUGUGACAUCCACAAGCCUUUGUGGGUGAUUCCCAGUGGAGUGGCUUGGAUCCAGACAGAUAUCAGGGAUUACAGUGCCAUACUGGCAGUCUGUGAAGGGGCUGACUGUAUGUUUCACGUAGCUUCCUAUGGAAUGUCAGGAAUAGAGCAGCUGCAUAAAAAAGAGAUUGAAAGUGUCAACAUUAAUGGAACAAGAUUCAUCCUUAAUGCCUGCAGAAAAAAAAACGUGUCUCGGCUGGUGUACACCAGCUCAGUGAAUGUGGUGUUUGGAGGGCUUCCCAUUGAAGAUGGGGAUGAGGAAUCCUUGCCGUAUUUCCCAAUUGACCAGCUUGUUGACCACUAUUCCAGGACCAAAUCGAUUGCAGAACAAAUGGUACUAGCAGCUGAUGGAUCUUCACUAGAAGGAGGUGGAAUACUCCAUACGUGUGUUCUCCGCCCACCAGGAAUCUAUGGACCAGAAGAGCAGAGACACUUGCCAAGACUAGCAAAGAUUAUUGAGAGAAGGCUUCUUAGCUUCAAGUUUGGGGACCCUACUGUUCAAAUGAACUGGAUACAUGUAGAGAAUUUUGUACAAGCUCAUAUUCUAGCUGCUCAAGCUCUCACCCCUGAAAAGAACUACAUAGCUAGUGGCCAGGUGUAUUUCAUUCAUGAUGGAGAAAAAUCCAACCUUUUUGAAUGGCUAACUCCCCUUUUUGAAAGAUUAGGUUGCAGUAAGCCAUGGAUACGUAUUCCUACUUCUGUAGUCUAUGCAUCAGCCACAUUCAUGGAACGCCUUCAUGCAAUUCUGAGACCAAUUGUUGACCUGCCCCCACUGCUGACCAGAAAUGAGGUGCAGAACAUUUCUGUAACUCACACAUUUCGAAUAGACAAGGCACGAGCUCAGCUGGGGUACCGCCCACAGAAGUUUGACUUUGCUGAUUCUGUGAACCACUACAUUGAAUCCAGACCACCCUCACAUUAUAAGCUCUUCCUCAACAUUUUCCUUACUUUAUUUGUUACUUUAAUUUUGGCUUUUCUUUUUACAAAACUUGGUGGCCUUUCAAUUUUGCGUUUUUUUAAAGGAAGACGACACUGA